AUGAGAAUAAAGAAGAAGAAUACUAGAGGUAAUGCUAGAAAUUAUAUUACUAGAACGCAAGCGGUUCGCAAGUUACAGAUUUCAUUAGCUGAUUUUAGAAGACUAUGUAUCUUCAAGGGUAUUUAUCCAAGAGAACCAAGGAAUAAGAAAAAAGCCAACAAAGGUUCCACUGGUCCUGUUACAUUUUAUUACUAUAAGGAUAUUCAAUAUUUAUUGCAUGAACCUGUGUUAGCGAAGUUUAGAGAACACAAGACUUUUGCUAAAAAGCUAACAAAAGCCCUCGGUAAAGGUCAAGUUUCUUCUGCAAAGAAGCUAGAGGAGAAUAAAUCACAAUAUAAGCUCGACCAUAUUAUAAAAGAACGCUAUCCAAGUUUUCCAGAUGCUUUAAGGGACAUUGAUGAUGCUUUGAACAUGUUGUUUUUAUUUGCCAACCUUCCAGCUACAGACCAGGUUAGCUCUCGUGUUACGAAGGAUGCUCAAGAUAUCAGUAACCAAUGGUUAGCCUUUAUUGCGAGAGAGAGGUUAGUGGACAAGGUAUUUGUUUCUAUCAAGGGUGUUUACUAUCAAGCGAUUGUUAAGGGUGAAGUUAUUAGAUGGUUAGUUCCAUACAAGUUGCCAGAGAAUAUUCCUUCCGAUGUUGACUUUAGAAUCAUGUUGACUUUCCUAGAGUUUUACUCUACUCUAUUGCAUUUUGUUUUAUACAAACUAUACACUGAUGCUGGUCUCGUUUAUCCCCCAAGAUUGGACAAAAAGAAUAACGCCCUAAUUGGUGGCUUGAGUUCGUAUGUGUUGGAAUCUAAAGACUCUUUUGCAAUCAAUGCUGCACAAGUAUCUUCAAAUAAGGAAGAGGUUAAGACUUUGGACGCUAGCACGCUAAAGUCUGCUUUGAAGGCUGAUGGCAAGAAUAAUUCUGACACAGAAGAUUCUGAAGAGACCAAUGUUGAGGAAGAGAACGUGGAAAAUAUUAAGCUAGAUACCUUUGAAGACAACAAUAAGACCCAAGGUGAUUUGUUAGAACAGCCUUCUCAGUUCAGUUCUCCAACAUCUGUUUUAUUUUCGAACUUUGUGUUCUACGUUGGUAGAGAAGUUCCAAUAGAUAUUUUGGAAUUCUUAAUCCUGUCAUGUGGCGGUACUGUGAUUUCUGAGGCGGUUAUUGACCAGCUGGAAAGCAAAGAUGAUAUUGAUUUAUCAAAGGUCACACACCAGAUUGUUGACAGGCCUGUGCUAAAGAACAAAGUUGCUGGAAGAACAUAUAUACAACCACAAUGGGUUUUCGACAGUAUUAACAAGGGCGAGUUGGUAUCAGCAAGUUUGUAUCAGCCAGGUGAGACUUUGCCACCUCAUUUGUCUCCAUGGGGUGACUCCCUCAACUAUGACCCUACUGCAGACGUAGAAGUAGAUAACGAAGAUGAUGAAGAUGACGAGGAAUCCGAUGCCAAAAACGAAGAGGCUAACGAAGCUGAAGCUGAUGUUGCCGAAGAUGAUGAAGAUGAGGACUUGAAGGCACAGAAGGAACUAGAACUAGAAGCUCAAGGUAUUACUUACUCAGAGGCUACUAAGGAUGAUAAACCAAAGAGCAAGCCUAAGAACAAGAAGAGAAAGUCAGAAGAGGAUGAAGAGAAGGAUUUGAAGCUAAUCAUGAUGAGUAACAAGCAACGUAAGUUGUACAAGAAGAUGAAGUACUCUAAUGAGAAGAAGGAAGAAAAGGUUGAGAAGUUAAAGAAAAAGAAGAAACAAAUUGCUAAGGCUAAGAGCAAGUUGGAAAACCUAAAAAAAUAG